CACCUGGCUGCGCAGCGGCGGUGGCGGCGUCGCGACGCUCUCGGCCUCAGUCCGCUACCGGCGCCGGUGUCUCGAGGUGGCAGCUCGCUCCGUGGCGUCGUAUCGUGACGUCACGCCAUCGCGACGCUCGCGUCUAUCGCCCUCAUUAAUCCGUGAGCAGUGUCGAACACAUUUUAAUUGCUGUUCGAAACAGCAAGCACAUCGACCGUACUUAAAGUUUCAGCUUGGUGGUGAGUGAAUGGGCUGUACUUGUACUUGAUGGCGGGGGAGUGGACAGUGUGAUCAGUGUUAUCAGUGCGACAGACGGACAGACAGACGCGAUGCCGGGGGGGUGAGGAUGACCCACCCCCACCAUAGUGCUAUGGUCUUGGUGCCCCUCUUGGCUCUUCUAAUCAGCGUGUCAGGCGAGGAGCUGGUCGCCCCAUGGAUCUCGGAGCACCCCACAGACUGCCUGGUGCCUCGCCACGAGCCGGCGACCCUCAACUGUAAAGCGGAAGGGACUCCGCCCCCCACAAUCUCCUGGUACAAGGAUGGCGAACCGUUGAGCGCCUCUGGGGCCAGCCACAGAGUGUUGCUGCCCGCCGGGUCGCUGUUCUUCCUGCGGGUCAUCCAUGGACGCAAGGAGUCGGACCAGGGAGUCUACUGGUGCGAGGCUCACAACCUAGCAGGGUCGGCUCGCAGCAGGAACGCCACCCUGGAUGUCGCAGUUCUCCGAGAUGAAUUUCGGAUCCAGCCGAGCAGUCAGAGGGUGGCGCAGGGGGAGGUGGUGGUGCUGCAGUGUUCACCACCCAGAGGUCAUCCGGAACCUUCGGUUAUCUGGAAGAAGAAUGGUCAAGUCCUUGACCUGGAGGGGAAUCAGAGACUGCAGAUAGUGGACGGGGGAAGCCUGGGUAUCCAGGAUGCGCGCCAAGGAGACGAAGGACGAUACCAGUGCGUGGCCAAGAACACGGUCGGCGUCAGAGAGUCCCAGGUCGCUCAGCUCAAAGUGCAUGUAAAGCCGCAUCUGAUCCGAGGCCCCAAGGACGCCACGGCGCUCGCGGGCAGUAACGUGGUGUUCGCGUGCGAGGCGGGAGGCGACCCGCCCCCGGACGUGAUGUGGAGGCGGACCGCCGGGGGUGGCAGCAUGCCCCUGGGCCGCGUCCAUGUCCUGGAUGACCGCAGUCUGAGGCUGGAGAGUGUGGUACCCGAGGACGAGGGAGAGUACAGCUGUGAGGUUGACAAUGCCGUGGGCAGCCUCACAGCGUCCGCCACCCUCACCGUGCAUUCUCCUCCAAACAUAGCGGCCAGGCCGGAGGAGGUGACGGUGACUGCGGGGGAAACAGCGAUAUUCCAGUGCGGAGCCCAGGGGAAGCCCAGUCCGACCGUUUUCUGGACUGUUGAGGGCUCCAGGGUUCUGCUGUUCCCGGGGGAAUCAGCGGGGAAAUUCUCUUCCGAACUGACUCCUGAGGGACUCAAUCAAUUGACGAUUCAAGAGGUAACUCGCAACGAUAGUGGCCUCGGGACGGUCUGCAAUGCCGUCAACUCUGCCGGCUCCGACAGCUGGCAUGCCAGGCUGACUGUGACUUCAGGUUUCCAUCCUCCUCCAGUCAUAGAGUUAGGACCCGCCAACCAGACCUUGCCGCUGGAGACCGAGGCCCUCUUCCGCUGCCAGGUGAGAGGUCAGCCGCCUCCCGCCGUCACCUGGUACAAGGACCACGCCCCCAUCCUUCAGCUUCAUCCCAGGAUCAGUGUCUUCGACAACGGGACUCUCUUCAUCGAAGACUUGCAAAAGGCUGACGAAGGCCUCUACACCUGCGUCGCCACCUCUGAGCACGGGAAGGCGACCUGGAGUGCGAAGUUGCGCCUGGAGUCCCUCAGGAACUCCGACAUCGCUUUCUUUAAGAGUCCGACACUCGGCGCUCUGCCCGGACCUCCAAGUCGUCCCCUCAUCGUCAACAUCCAGAGGAGCUCCGUCACCCUCUCCUGGUCCAGGCACAGUCAGAUCGGCUCCUCCUCUCUCCUGGGCUAUCAGGUAAACAGGAUACUAUGCGCCACGGAGGGUUCCACAGGGUGGGUGACUGUGGCUCACCGUGUCCCAGGACCGACCCACGCCCUACACCACCUCCUGCCCAACAUGACCUACAUGUUCCUGGUCCGAGCCGAGAACGCUCACGGCUUCUCCCCCGCCAGUCCUCUCUCCAGCCCAGUCACUUUGCCAGAGCUGGACCACGACACUCCCGAGGAGCUCAGGGAAGCGAUGUCCACCCUCUCCGCCGGGCACAUCCUGGAGCUCACCAGUAUCUUCCCUAUCAGCUCCACGUCCAUCAAGUUGGGCUGGGAGAUCCUGAUAUCGGACUUCGUCGAGGGAGUUUACAUCUACUCCCGGGGACUGGACGUGAAGGCGAAGACUACCAAUAUCCUGACAGUCCUCCACGCGGGAGACGCUUCCGGUUUCAUAGUGACGGGUCUUCUGCCGUACACACGCUACCAGUUCUUCCUCAUCCCCUUCUACAAGCACAUCGACGGUCGCCCCUCAAACUCAAGAACUGUACGGACUCUGGAGGAUGUACCCACUGCACCGCCCACCCAGAUGGAAGCCCAGUUGCUGAACGGCAGUGCGGUUCUUCUGACGUGGAAGCCACCGCCCCAACACACACAUCGCGGCGUCAUCCGCUAUUACCAGGUGGUGGUACGCGGUGGCCCUGCGCUGAACGGCUCUCUGCUGACGAACGUGACUGUGAAUGCUGCAUCCCCCUCGCUGCUGCUGACCAAUCUGACGGCCGGGCUGAUGUACCUGGUACAGGCUGCAGCAGUGACUAGGGUCGGACCAGGGCCGUACAGCAGUCCCGCAUCACUACGCUUGGACCCGUACAGUCGACUCCUCAACAACUAUCGAUACCCUGGACUGGAGCAGCCGUCUUUCACUGAGGCGACCCCCGACUUCAUGACUGAGACCUGGUUCGUGGUCCUGCUUAUGUCCAUGGUGGGUGUGAUGUGCCUUCUGUUCGCUGCACUGCUCUUCGUCAGGAGGCGCCAGCUGGACUCGAAGAAGUCUGGACUUCCAGAACACACUGUAACCGUGCUCCAGGAGCAGGUGGACCCCAAGCCUCUGCUAGCUGACCCUCAUCUCUGCCCCACUGUGAAGGUGACUCCAGCCUCUGAACCACCCUCGGUCAGGGAACUCCCCGUCACCACCCCUGACUACGCAGAGGUGUCCAUGCUGCCCCGUCAGCCACCCCCUCAGUACCGCGAGCGCUCCUGCUCCCCAGAGCCCUACGCCAGUACCACCCUCGUGUCUCCUGUGGAGUCCACACCCUCCUCCAACAACCACAUGCCGGGUUGGCCAGGGAUGUAUAGAGGUCAUGGAUACUCCGAGUUCUACACCCCUAGCCGCCUCUACGACCCUCAUGUCUACCCCGAGAGUUACUGUGGAGACUCCAGGGAUCAUCAGCCCUUCUCUUACCAGUCAGGUAACUGCUCCGGGAACCCUUCAUUCCCGAGGGACUGCCAAAGAGAGACGGAGUCCAGGGAAAGGUCUCACAGGAGCGACACAAACACUCUCAGGAGAUCGUCACACUCGGGGAGACACCGCCAACACGUCGCAGUGCAGAGGGCUUUGAACGAACGGCUGUUCUCCAACCGGUCGCUGGGGGAAUACGUGGCGGUGCCCCAGUCUCCAGCUCAUCCUCCUCCAGACGUCAUCACGCCAACCACUGCCCGCUGGAGGUUACCUAGUCCUUACACGCACACCCUGACCACCUUCAGCCGCCAAGGACCCCCAGGGUACUCCCCUGUCUACCACGACUCCGCCCGCAGUGAGCCUGGUCGACACCACUACCAGGCUCGCUUAUAGCGACUCCUGAACUUUCAAGGGUUGAGUGACGAAAGGUUCGGCUAAUGGGUUAUAAGGAUUUCAAAAUAUCCGACAUUUCAGUUUUUCCAUGUUACCUAAUAUCUUUUGACUCUAAACGGUUUGAGCUCACCAAAUUAAAAUUCAUUCUCCUUACGGACUUUCCUCCAGAAUGUAUAGAUUACUUUACUUACCAUCGAAACAUCGGAACUAUUUAGAAUCAUCUUGUAGACUACAUAUCAUAUUUUUAAGCGGCAAUGCAACAGUUUCGAAGGAGGUUUCAAACAUGUCCAUACAAUUUCUGUACUGGUUAUUCAUAAGAGUGCUGAUUGAAAAAUGUUGAUUGGAUGAUAAUUUCGUCUGCAUACAUUGAAUUACCAAUUUUUUCAACAACGCCUACUCAUUUUUAACACACCUUCUUGGGAAUUUUAUACCCAUUGAAUGCUAUUAAUUGAUAAGCAUAAAAUGUAAACACGCUUUGUGUCUUAUAUGGGUCUAAUGAGCCUACAAUUUCUUACAAAUUAAUGUUUAUACUUUUUUAAUAUUUAAAUGAUAAAUUACAGAGCAGUUUGAGAUUUUUUACGACUAACCUACAGUAUAUAAAUCUUUAAAAAUGAAAAAGCGGUUCAAUGCGUCCAAAGUUGGAGCGUAAAGGGUUCGAAGCUAACCGUUGUUCUUCAGGGGCUAAACUCAUGGUCAUUGCAACGCCUUUACAGUCGAUUUGUUAGCCAUUAGUCCUUGACUGUGUUUAGAGGACUUCCUAGUUCCCCUAUAAAACCUGCUAUAAAUAAAACCUUGGUCACCUUUUAAAUACUCACAAAAUACCGCCAAUAGCCCAUAUAAAUACUUUUGUGAUCUAAUUUGUACUCGUAUGCGAACUUGUAUGCAGAAUUUAAAUAGAGCAGCUGAAAAUCUAAAAUUGUGUAAAAAAUUAACUUUCAACCUACUUAUAAAAGAAUAUUAUUGUUUUAUUUAACAUAAUAUAGGGAUAAAUGUUAUUUUCGUAUUGAAAUCGAUUGUUAAAAAGGGAGCUCAAAUACUUUAAUGAAAAAUGAUUCUUAAGAAUCCCACUGUGCUUAUACAUUUUAUAUACAACCACAGUGAAUGUUUUUUACUCCUCAUACAAUAGGAAUCUAUGAGUUUUAUACCAUACUUGAGUUUAUUUACCCGUUUUGCAUACCGCUAUUAAAAGUGUGAACGUAUUUCGGAACAUCCCCAUAUUUUGCUACUAUCUACUUGUCAUUGCUUACUCUAGGGCUUCUCUAUUUCUAAGCAAAUUCUAUCCGUCCAUAAAGAUAUUAUGGCCAUAAAACGUUUACUUGCUUUUAACGCUAAAGACUGAACUUUUAGUACUCUUACCACAGUAAUAUAUUUUAAACCCCCUGUUUCCAUAUACAACAUUGCUAACGCAGUGACAUAUCUGAGAUUUAAUUGCUCUAUUGAACAUAUCAUAAGCUGAGUUGUGGUGUCUGUAAACGGUGGUUGUGUCAAUCAAUUAUUCUGUAAAUAUAUCUGGAUGUAUAAUAGUCUUUUGCAAGUUGAUAAGUUUUGGGUUAAUCAAUAUUAAUUUUUUUCCAUUAAUCCAAAAACAAAUUACAUUUUUAUUUUAAAGCAUUUAAACAAUGUUUUAUGUGUAAAUAAGUUUUAAACUGUCAGAAAUGCUUAGUUUAGAAAGUGUAUACUGUGCUUCCUUUAAAUAUUUUUAUGAACUAUUAUAUCAUCUUGAUGUAAAGCCCCUAUUGAGUUGAGUGAAACUAAUAUAAUCAAAGGUUGAAUUGAACAUGUAUUUGCCAACUUUUAUUUUUUAAACGAAUAACAGUACUUUUUAUAUCUCAUCGGUCAUUUAGUUAACUUUGAUUCUAGAUUAAUUUGAUUUUAGAUUCUACUAGCUUAUGCUUUCUAUGUGCCAAACGCAACAUUGCCCUGUCAAUUACGUAGAGUGUAUCUGAAAGAAUUUUACGAUUUAAUUCAUGAUUUUAAUUUAAUCUCAAGUGGAAAUCAGAAAUGUAUAUUUUAGAAAUAGAAGAACCGUUGAAUCUGUCUUCUGAUUUUAAACUGAAUGGUAGUUAAAGUGUUCUAAAUAACAAGUAAAAUACUAAUAAAUCUUCUUUUUAAAGUCCAUUAAGGCAUUGAAACUCAAAAUCUCUUAGAUGCACUCUAGUUACCGUAUCUGUUAGUGUUUUAGAUUAAUGUAAAGUAAUUUUGAGUAAAUUUUCACCCCCAAUGGUGGUUAAAUAUUUAGUUGUUGUUAGUACCCAAGCUGCCAAAGUGGACUAGAGAAAUGUAUCCUCCAAACAUUGAAAGAGGUGUGAAGAAUAAUUGAAUGAAGAAGCAAGUAGUAAGUUCCUUCCACAAAUCUUCUAUUAUUACAAAAAAUUACGUUUCGGUAGUGAUUGAAUAGUAAGUUAUAAAUUAAUUUCAUAUUUGGAUUAACGAAAUUUGGAUCGAACCAAUGUCUUAAACACCAACUGCGAUAUUGUUAUCUGAUCAUACUUCUAUAAUUAUUAACAAAAAAUACAACGGAGGCAAUAUUUAUUCAAAUUUUGUUUUGCGUCAAAGAUGCAGUAAAUUUAUUAUAAAUUCUUGAUUAAUAAGUUUUAAACAUUUUACAUAUACAUGUUAUCUGCUGCAACUAAGACACAAAGUUUACGGUAAUAUUUUUUCAAGAAUACGUUUUAGCCAGAAAGUGAAAUUUUGCUCACAAUCGUAUAUGCUCUUUCAUUUUAUUAAAUUUUUUCCAUAACCAACCACACGCCCUUAUAAGUCCUGAUCUACAAUAUUAUAGAAAAAUGAAAUUUUAUUGUUGUAUCACAAAAUUCCAAUGAAAGGCAUGACAAAAAAAUACUAAGAUUUAGCCUUAGUAAACCAGUUUUUUAUAACAAUAUAAGUAAUUGGUAGUGUGUUAAAGGGUGGCUUUUUACAGUUAAAACUAACUAAAGUUUACAAUUUCUAUGCUAUUGCGACAAUUUUGUGUCAGACAUUUAAAGGACUUUUGCAGUUUGCAAAAUUUGUUUGUAUCAGUGUAUAUAAAGAGAGAAAGUACAGUACAGUGUAGACUGUUCCAUGUUUUUGCACUGUUUAUGAUAAAUUAUUUACCCAAGAAAGUUACAGCUCGGUCGUGGACAGCACAAGAAGCAAGGAAGUGUUUAAAUACAGGUUCAAACGUGAAUAUUCCAAAUUUAUGUUAUUGGCAACAAGAGAGCGCAGCGCGCAUGCGCGAACAGUCGUUGUCAUCCGUUCCAAAAACAUUGCCUUGCGAUUGAUAAUGAACUGUAUCGAACUGACAUUAAACAUUAUUUGUGUUUUGUUCUUUCAUACUUAAAUUAACAUAUGCCUCAGUAUUUUAAUGUUCAUUAAACUCACUGCGUGCCCUAUACCGUGUGUUAUAAAUGUUAUGCGCACUGAAAGGAUCUUGGAAACUAUAAGAGAAACAGAAAGAUUACAUGGACAAACUUGUGCACAAUAGCAAGACCAACCAAUCAAUGAGGUUAAGUUAAUUAUUUUGUUAUUGGUUGCAUCGUUUGCUCGUUGCGUCAAAAAAUUGGUUAACUCUCUUAUUAGUACGGAUAAAGAAACGUUUUUAAAUGAAAUUAUAAUUAAGUUUCUUGUAGUUUUUAAAUAUCAUAAUAAAAAAUGUUCAAGACCAGGUAGCAGGAGGUAUGAAUUCGAGUAAAUGUUUUAGGCAAAAAUGUUGUAAAGAAAUUAUUCAUAACAUUUUAAGAUUAAGAAAAAAGUCAUUAAAUAAUUACUAAAAGUCUUCAACUCAUGCUUGCUUUUACUAUCAUUAUGUAAAAAGUAGAAAAAUUUGAAGUAGUUUUCGUGUAAAAACGUUUCAUCAUAGUACUAAUAAGAAGAGAACUGUGUCAGUUUGAAAAUGAAAAAUUUGCCAAUAACAGUUUUGUGUGCGUAGCAAGUGGACUAGGCUACCAAUAAUUAACUACAUUGAUUUGUUGGUCUUGUUAUUACGCACAACUUUGUCUAUUUAAUGUUUACUUUAUCUCUUGAAGUUUCCAAGAUCCCUUGAGUGUGCAUAAAAAUUUGGAACCGGUACAUAUAAUAAAUUUUCUUAUAAACAGUAGCUAAGUUUUAGUGUCAUUUUUCUAUUGAGAAACAGCAUAACAGAACUUAAGUUUGGAGAUGAAUAAAUAAUCUUGAAGAAUUUGAAAUUUUUAGAGUGCAAAAUUAGUAGCGGGCCGCCUGACUUUACCCCCUCCUCUCAUUUUUCUCCCACCAUCGCCCUAGCCGUCCCCCCUCCACUUACUUCGCAUUGACAUUCUUCACGUUCAAAAACAUCUGUACUUGUGUGUCAGAUAGGUACCACUAACAGAAUGUCAGAAUGGUCUUUCCCAACCUGUCCUCAAGUAUCUAUUCCACUUUGUGCAGAACCAAAAGCACUAUUAGUCAAUCACGAGACAUAUCAGUCUGCAAGACUACUGUAGGUAGGUAGGCUACUAGAUUAGUUGGCACUGCAACUCGUCAACCGAACUGUAGUUUAUAACAAUGGGAUUGUGUCGGUUAGUUUCCAGGGAAAAGAAAAGUUCAAAGUUUAUUUCAGUUUAAUAAUCAAAUUAAUGUUAGUUUUUUUUUUUUGUUUAGCAAACAGGAUUUUUUCGGACAUUUGUUAUCGUUCAGUGGUGCAAAAAAUCAGUAACACUACGUUUCGAAAUAUUCAAUCUGAUCUCUUUCUCAGGUCAAUAACUUAACACAUCUAGGUUAAAAUUAACAAAUCAUACCAGAGCGUUGUGGCACGCAAAGUCAGGAAUCACGACAAUCAUGUUGUAUGUUGUGUGCCACAACGCUCUGGUAUGAUUUGUUUAUUUUAACUUAUAUUAUAAUUAUUUGUUAGGUUAGUUAUUCACCUGAGAAAGAGAUCAGAUUGCAGAUCUCGAAACGUAGUGUUACUGACUUUUUUGUACCACUGAACGACAGCAAAUGUCCUAAAAAUCCCGUUUCUUUCACAAUUCUUCCAUCGUUAAAAACAAACUUUAAACAAAGUUUGUUUGUUAAAAAAAGGGACAUAUUGGUAUAGUUAAAAAAUCCAAAAACUUUUGAAAACUCCUAAUUUACUGUAUAGGCUAUCACGUACAAAUACUCCAAUGUAUAUUCUGUAAUAUUGAUAUUGAGAUACAAAUGAGGUAAAUUGCAAUUAGUCUGUCUAUUGUAUUUUCAUAGCAUUUUAAGAGACUAUAAACGCCCAGUUAAAAAAAUCACUUUUUAUUUAUUAACAAAGUCAAAAAGUUUGACUUACAAUAUUUUGUUAUAAUUAUUGUCUCGUAAUGCCAACUACCUUAUGUACUAUUGUUUAAAUAUAUUUCAAUGGGCUUCGAGUACUAUGGAAUUGUAUGUUCCAAGUCUUUUCAUAUAUGAGUGUAUUUUUAUGUGCUAUUCAUCUCUAAUCAAUUCAGAUGUGUAUAGCAUUCUUUCCGAAUUUCGUAAAAACUGUGAGUUAAUUAACAUUUGAAAUUUAAAUUCUAAUGCAGUUUAAAUGGCUGUAAAUAGGCUUUCUGUAAUACAAAAAUAUUUUGUACUUUUGUAAUAAACAGUUUUGUAGCGAAAUAUGAACAAUUAAAUUUGCCUGAGUGAAGAGCUCUGAUUUUGAGAAAAGUGACUUUGCUGGUUUACUGUUA